UGCAGUGUGAGUGUGGUACCCGAGAGUUGUCAAGGUUUUGGUUGUGGAGUAUUCGGGAGGGGAGCAAGGGCGGCUACGGUUGUACAAUGCCUAAUAAAACGAAAAAGGACAAGGACUCUUCUAAGUCUGCCAAAGUGGGCAAGAGUGGAGGACAGGAGAAUGCAGAGCAUGAGCAGAGCUCAAACAGGAAGACCAGUAACAGUGUUCCUCCCACCACUCAGCUGCUAAAGGGGAAACAGCCUGGUUCCCAGACGCCUGUCAAAAAGGACAAGAGGCAGAGCUCCUCUCGCUUCAGCUUGAGCAACAACAGAGAGCUGCAGAAAUUGCCUGCUUUUAAAGAUGUCCCCCCCGCAGAGCAGGAGAAGCUGUUCAUCCAGAAGUUGCGGCAGUGCUGUGUCCUCUUCGAUUUUGUGUCCGACCCUCUAAGCGACCUGAAAUGGAAGGAGGUGAAACGGGCAGCCCUGAGCGAGAUGGUGGAGUACAUCACCCACAACAGGAACGUAAUCACAGAACCCAUCUACCCAGAGGUGGUUCACGUGUUUUCUGUGAAUAUGUUUAGAACAUUGCCGCCGUCAUCAAACCCCACAGGUGCCGAGUUCGACCCAGAGGAAGACGAGCCAACGUUAGAAGCUGCAUGGCCACAUCUGCAGCUUGUCUAUGAAUUCUUCUUAAGGUUCUUAGAGUCUCCAGACUUUCAACCAAACAUAGCCAAAAAGUAUAUUGACCAGAAGUUUGUAAUGCAGCUCUUAGAUCUGUUUGACAGUGAAGACCCCAGGGAAAGAGAUUUUUUAAAAACCACUCUGCAUCGCAUCUAUGGCAAGUUCCUGGGCCUGCGAGCAUACAUUAGGAAACAGAUUAACAACAUAUUUUAUAGGUUUGUUUAUGAGACUGAACAUCAUAAUGGAAUAGCAGAAUUACUGGAAAUAUUAGGCAGCAUAAUCAAUGGAUUUGCAUUACCACUGAAAGAAGAGCACAAGAUAUUCCUACUGAAAGUUCUGCUGCCUUUACAUAAAGUCAAGUCUCUUAGUGUAUAUCACCCACAGCUGGCCUACUGUGUGGUACAGUUCUUAGAGAAGGAUAGCACCCUCACAGAACCGACAGUGAUGGCUUUGUUAAAGUACUGGCCAAAGACUCACAGUCCAAAAGAGGUUAUGUUCCUAAAUGAACUGGAGGAGAUCCUGGACGUCAUUGAACCAUCAGAGUUUGUUAAAGUCAUGGAGCCUCUCUUCAGACAGAUGGCCAAGUGUGUGUCCAGCCCGCACUUUCAGGUGGCAGAGCGAGCGCUUUACUAUUGGAACAAUGAGUACAUCAUGAGCCUGAUCAGUGACAACGCUGCCAAGAUCCUGCCAAUCAUGUUCCCGGCCCUCUACCGUAACUCCAAGACCCACUGGAACAAGACAAUCCAUGGGCUGAUCUACAAUGCGCUGAAGCUCUUCAUGGAGAUGAACCAAAAGCUGUUUGAUGACUGCACCCAACAAUUCAGGGCUGAGAAAAGCAAAGAGAAAGCCAAAUGGAAAGAGAGAGAAGAUGCAUGGCUGAAGAUUGAGAAUCUGGCAAAGUCAAACCCACAGUUUGUGGUCUAUGCGGACUCAGUGGGCUCAGGCAGUCCAAUGGACAUGGAGACAGACGGGCCAAUGCUGGACGAUGUCAACAAGCUAAAGAAAGCAGUAGAGGAGGAAGCAAUACAGAUCCAAAAAGAUCAGAGAAGAGAGCGCCCUCUCGUGCGAAGGAAAUCUGAGCUCCCCAAGGACAUCUCCACCGUCACAGCCCUGGAGCUGCACCGGAGAGCCGAGGAAAUGCUGACGACGCACGACAGCCACUAAGAGACCAUCCUCAGAUCCACCGUAAACCAGCAGCAGCAGCAACAAAAGUGUCCACAGAGGAACCACAGGCCCACAGAGGCACGCACAACAACAGGCGUCUGGUAUCUCAGUCCAGUCCAGCACAACACAGAACUGAACCGUCUCAGCUCCACCUGACACAGAUAAUGUGUAAAGCUGCACAUCAAAGCCUGGCUCAACUUUUUGGACCAGAGGUGCUCAGCACUCACUGAUUCCCCUCCUCCCUCUUGUUACCUCCCACCUGAUAGUUGUCCAGCAGAGACAUCUGUGGUGCUGGACACUCCUGCAUGACCAUGACAUGCACCAUGAACUUAACCCAAGAUACUGUGUUGUUAUCUGGUGUUUCUCUAUCCCUGUCCUCUCCACUUGUUCUGUUUUUGGGGUGCUGUGCUGCCCCCUUCUGGUCAUUUCUCUCAGGUGUUUUGUUCUGUGUGUGAGUGAAUGUGAGUGUGUGUGUGUGUCUUUUCUUCUGGCCUCUUCUUUCUAGAUGUCAGGUGCUUGUACAAAUAUGAGCCCCUCUGCAGAGGUCGUCUUUGGUUUAAGUUAAAAAAGAAAAAGAAAAAGUCAAUUGAUGAGAACUUACCAGUUCUUUUUCCUACAUAGCUCUUCUUAAGAGUCCUACACACUUGCCAUCUGUGUAGCUCUUCUGUGUGGCAUUUUCUAUUGUGUUUCACUUAAUAUUCAAUUUGCUGAAGAAGAUUCAUUGACUAUUCUGUUAAAUCAGGACAGGGUCACCAGGGAUUCACCAGCAGAGUGUGUCCGGAUUCAAAGUGUUCAUUAAACUCUGCUGGCAUGACAGACGUAGGAACCUUGUUUGGUGCCAACAUCUUUCAUUAAAUGAUUUCCUUCCCUACUUUUAUUUGUGUAGGCAAUACGUUAACAAAGGUUGCUGCGUCUCAUUUUCAUAUUUGUCUGUUGGAUGAGGCCCAGUUUGCUGCAAAGGUCACAUGAGAGCAGAUUAUGGGAUUUAUUUUUGUGGUGCCCCCCCUUCACACCCAGCUAUCGUAGGAGUAUGUAUAACAUUGUCAUUAACAUUCAGUACAAGUCACUGUCAUUCAUGUGAGGCUUAGGAGACUGUCCGUCAUGCUUGUCUGUGAUUUUACACAAAGUUGCCGCGUGUUGCCGUGUAAUGGGGCAGAUCACGUGCCGUGAUGGUGAUCCAUUUUUUUUCCCCUACUCUUCUCUAGCAAGACCCUUUUAUUUAUGAGACACUUGUUCGAUAUUAGACCGCAUCAACAGGGAGGUGUGUUUGGUUUAAGAGGUCAAACAUAAGCCUUUCUUUUCACAGUGCCUUUAAUAGUCUAAGGGGAUUUUUGCUCAACUGAGAAUCGAGUAGCACGCCAGAUUAUAAAAAAAACAAGUUAUGUUUUGUUUGUUUUUUAGGAGAAAAACAAAAACACAAGAUCAAAUAUGUCUGUCCUCGGCACACCUCUGGCCCCUUGGGCUCCAGCACAUGCCUUGUUUAAGCUGCAAAGUUCAGUUUGUAGGUGAGAAGUUGGUGAGGAGAAGCAGAGUGGUCGCCCCCCCACCCCAAACCACUUCAGCAAUGAAGCACUUCCUGAUAAAACUUGAAAGAAAAUAGAAACACAAACUGAAAACAACAACAACAACAAACUAGUAAAAAGAACUGAAUUCUGUGAUGCUGUCUGUCUUGGUGUGUGGGCUCACCACACCUGGGUGCCCGUUGAUAAGAGUUAGCCUCCACAGGAGAGGACAUUGCCUCCCUUCGUAACUUUAUCCCUGCCACCCCAUUCCUUUUUUUUUUUUUUUUUAAUUUGUACCAUUGAUUGACUCCUUUCUCUCUUUCUCCUUCCCUUUUCCCAUGAAAAGCAGACUACUCGUCUCUGUAGGGCUCCUUAAUUGGACAUCUGUUUGUUCUGCUUCUGGAUGCUUGCAAGUUCCUUUUGUCGUGGUUUUAAUCCUCCUUUGCCUGCAGAACCUCUUGUCAGUGUUUCAACUGAAUGUGCAAAUUGUAAAUAAUACUGCAGUCUCUCCCGCGUUUUUCUCGAAGAACAACACUUACCAAAGGCUUUCACAAAAUCCUCACGCUCCUUCGCCGUCUGGUGUUACAGUGGAUGUGAUUAACUACACGUGACUCCGUCCCUGAAGGAAAAUCUGUGUCCACUGAUUGUUAAUGGUCAUUGCAGUGAAGCAGCAGCACAGUGUUAAAGCAUAUUUGUACUUCUGCAUCCAAUCAAUGCAGCAUAGCCCACAUACGAGCCUAUACUGUAGCCUGGUGACAAGUGUAAACGCUCACAAUAGUGUAGACUACUUGUGUAGGCUUGGUGUCGAUCCUAUGCACAAGUAUAACCAGGCUUCAAAUGUCCCGUUGGUGACUGUUGUUCUUGAAAUGGCUUUAAUAUUGGCUUCUUUGGAGCUCUCGUCCUUUUUACAUAAGCUUUGUUUUCUUUUUCCUCGGAAAAGAAUGAUUAUUGCAAGUGUCCUUUAGUGUACACCUCGUAACUAAAUGGCUUCAUCUAAUAUUGUACAUAUAAUGUACUUUAAUUUUGUGUUAUAACUAUUAUUAAAUGGUAGAUUUCAUAUUUUGUACAAAAUACGUGUACAGAAUAAAGAGGUCGUUAGCGACCGCAGACAGUUGUAUGUGGCACAGAUUUCAACACAUGUGGGCUAUUUACGUUUAGGAACCAUAUAUAUAGUUUUUUAUCUACUGUAAUCCAACAUCAUUUUUUUCCCCUCUGUCAAACAUGUGUUGAGAUCCUACAUACAUAAGCUUUUGGUGUGUGCUUUUAUCCAAAUCUCCAGUGGUGUACAUCUAUAUUCAGCAAAUAAAGAGAACAUGUGAGUUUUA